UGAAGGGGGUAAACAUGUCGCCGUCCGGUCUUUUGCGCGCGGAGCUGUGGCUGAGUCGAGCCAUGAGCCGCCGAGUUUUGGAGCCUGGGUGGCCCACGAAGCGGUGGCUGUUUCCCUGGUGCGGCCGGCAGGUGGCUGGCCUAGGGAACCCGGGACUGCCCGGCACGAGGCACAGCGUCGGCAUGGCGGUGCUGGGACAGCUGGCGCGGCGACUGGGAGUAGCGGACAGCUGGACGCGUGAUCGGCGCUGCGUCGCAGACCUUGCCCUGGCCCCGCUCGGGGAUGAUGCCCAGUUGGUCCUUCUUCGUCCUCGGCGGCUCAUGAACGCCAACGGGCGCAGCGUGGCCCAGGCUGCCAAGCUGUUUGGACUGACUGCAGAGGAGGUAUACCUGGUCCACGAUGAACUGGACAAGCCCCUGGGGAAGCUGGCUCUGAAGCUGGGGGGCAGUGCCAGGGGCCACAAUGGAGUCCGAUCCUGCAUAAGCUGUCUCAACUCCAGUGCAAUGCCAAGGCUGCGGGUGGGCAUUGGGCGCCCGACGCACCAGAGUGCAGUACAGGACCAUGUCUUGGGCUGCUUCUCUCCUGAUGAACAGGAGCUCCUGCCUCCGUUGCUAGACAGGGCCACCGACCUGCUCCUGGAACACAUCCGUGCUCGAAGCCAGGGGCCCUCAUCAGGCCCCUGACACCAGGAGACU